GUUUGUGUGCUUAUGUACCUGUGUGCCUGUAUGUAAUAAGAUGCACUCACAGACUUUUUUUCCCCUUUUUCUUUUUUCUUUCUUUUUUUCUUCUUUUAUUUUUCUCUUCUUUUACAGUCCUUUCUUUUUCAUAACAAGACCAAUUCAUACCCUAUCAUUUACAUACAUUUCUUUUUCUCUCUUUUUCAUUUUUGUCAUUUGAAGAUUCGACUCAACAUCAGCCAUCGUCAUGUCAACUUGCUGUGCUAGACUAAGCAAGGUCUAUAUGGUCUUUACCAAUUUAUUAUUUGCAUUUGUUGGAAUUGCGUUUAUUGCUUUCGGCCUAAUUGGUAUCAAAAAUGGAUUUAAUGGUGCAACAUUAUUCCCAGAGAACAUAUUCAAGUAUUUUGCCAUUUUGGGUGCUAUUAUUUGUAUAGCAUCUCUGUUUGGUAUCAUAGGUGCUUAUGUUAGAAAGAAUUUCAUUACCAUCAUUUAUCUCAUUGUCAUCGUUGCCGCUCUUAUUCUCCAAGUAUUGAUUGGAAUUCGAAUUUACCAAAAAGCAGCCAACACUUUACAAUAUCUAUCUGAUUUAUGGCCAUCAUCGUCUUUUAUGUAUCGUCUUGAACUUCAAAAUGAGUUUAACUGCUGUGGAUAUCAAACAACAACAGAUAAUGUAGCACUCUCAGAUACUUGCCAAGCAACAGUCACCACCUUAAAUGCGCUACCUCCAUGUGCAACCAUUUUAGCGACUUUUAUUAAGACCACUUUUAAUAAAGUCUAUUUAGCUGUAUUUGUUGGCUUGGCAUUGGAAUUACUAGCCAUAUGUAAUGCAAUCACUCUGCUAUGUUCAAACGGCAGCAGCUUUGACGACGAAGAAGAAAGACGUAAGCGUAGAAAAUCAGGCAUCCGACUUGACGACAUGACAGCUGAUUCGCCCACCACUUUAGUUGGCUAUCAAGCAGAUGAACAGAAGCAGUACUAUGCUGGUGGAAACACAAAUACUUAUAGCCAGGAACCAGUUCGUGAUAAUCGAUAUGAUAGCUAUGAUAUUUAUCGUCAAAACCAGCAAGCGAACCACUAUAACGAAGGCUAUAACAACCGUCCUUAUGGCAAUGGUGCUUAUUAUUAAUGGUUUUUUUUUGUUAUAACAUUUGUCUUUUUUUUUCUGUUAAUAUAUAUAUAUAAUAAAUAAUUGAAAAAAAAAAGUUACCCGUCA